UACUAUAUAUAUUUAAUUAUGUGAAAAAGAGGAUUAUAUUAAGGGCUAAAGAGCUUGAAUUUAAGAAAUGCAUGCAUUGGGGAAGCUCCAGAGUCUUGACACAUUAUCUUUUCUGAGUCGUGCUAUUGUGGGAUUGUAGCUUCGUGUCUGUCCGUUGUAGGUUGCGCUCAAGCCUUGGUUGUUACUUGAGGAGGUUUCGGCCUCCGCUGCUCCACCUCAUCGUUUGGUCCUCCCCGUCGGCAUUAUUCCUGCUCACUUUUUGGAGUGCCACCAACAAGCUUGGCGCAUCGUCAAGAAAUUCGUACUCUUCCUUCCCUUUACAGCCCGCUUUUAGCUUUUCUGUAGCCACUGAAACUAGCACAAUUGAUCUGUUAUCUGUUUUUUGAUUUCGUAGGCAAAGUGCUUUAUCUUAAAGAUUGAUAAUUGCAGUUUCAGGGACUAGGGAUUGCAACAAUAAUAAAUAAAUGAAAUGAAUAGAUAAAUUCUUAUCACACCUGCGUUUAAUCAAGAAGAUGUCAUUUUGUCAACUAUUUCUCUAGAAAAAAAUGAUUCAAUUUGAUGUUAUUCUUUUGAUGAGCAAUUUUGCUUGGCUAGAUGAAUCUUCAUUGAGGUAUAUUCAUCUGAGUGUGACUGUAGCUAUCUACAUUUUUUUUCCAACUCGAAUAUUUUCUUGGAGUUUGAUUGUGUAUUAUGGCUCAAACUAGUGAAAAAGACUUUGCUAUAUGUUAAAAAUUCACUCUUCUUUCUCCUGGAAAGCGUGUUGUAUUUGGUUUCCAGAACUAGUUAGUUGUUUCAUUAAACAUCAAACCAAAGCCGGCUUGAUGAUGUGUCUAUCAAUGUUAUGUGUUUUCUCAUUGACUAGAACACCUACUCCUAGAAUAAAUGAUAAUCAUAUUCAUGGAUGAUUGUAAGUAUGUAAUCACUUUUAAAUUGAAUUUUUAGAUAUUCCGAGGCUCAUAUGUUCUUUUGUUGAAAUGUUGGUUGGGAUCAGACAAGGCUCAUUCAUAGGAUUCCAUCUAUAUUAUUACUUCUGAAAGCAUUGCCAACUAGAAGAUAAACUUUCUUUAUCCCUAUUUGUUAUUAUUCUGUUAGGUUUAAAGGUGUGCUUAGUUUGGUGUUCAUUAUGUGUUUUUUUUUUUUUGUGAAUUCAAAGCAUUUAGAAACCUUUGCGGUUGCAAAAUUGUUUAGAAUCAAGAUUCUUCACUUUUAAGUGAAAGAACCCGUAGGAAAUAAGAAGAAUGUAACUAAACCUUUCUUCAUUAGUUUGCUUGGACAAUGCUUCCUUCAUUUAGUUUCAUCCAUUUUCCUUCUUUUUCCCUAAAGAAAACUAGACUGUGCCCUGGCUGCCUAAGCUUUGUCUUCAUAACAGUCACUUUGUUUUGGGGACCCUUCUUGAGAAGACAAAACACUUCAGCUCAACUUCCACUAGUCCACACCACCUCUCAUACAACCCCUCUGAUUUUAAUGACUCAACAGAUUUUGCUAGUUGGAAGGGAGGUUGUCUUUUACAACAAUGCUUGGAUGUUGAGCGGCCCUCUGCUAUAAUUGAAAUUUGAGCAGUGGUUCAUGCAUCUUUAUGCUGGCAUCAAAAGUUCACAGUGGGGCUGGAGCAGUAGCAGAACCUUCUGUCACAAUUAGGUCACCUCAAAGCUUGCAAGGAAGGCUUUUCAUUUCCUCUCUAGGGGACGAAGCACAUCAAUUCAGCUGCCCUCCUGCUAUGUCAAUCUGCGCCAUAUCUCAUGCAGCCCCUCUGAAGUCAACAAGCUUUGCAAUGUUCAAUUUGAUGGGCAGAUGACUCACUGGAGUUCGCUAGAUGGAAGAACGGUGGUGGUCUUUUCCAUCAGUCCUCAGACAUUGACCCCACUGCAAUAAUUGAAAUAGGAGCAGUGGUACAUGGAAACUGUAUGCUGGCAUCAGAUGUUCACAUUAGGUCUGGAACAGUAGUGGGGUCUUCUGUAUCUAUUGGGCAGUCAACGAAGGUAGGGUACAAUUCUGUGCUAACUAAUUGCUCUGUAGGCAACUUUUCAACAAUCCAUAAUGGCGUCUGUGUCGGUCAAGAUGGGUUUGGAUUUUUUGUUGAUGAGAAUGGGCACAUGGUGAAGAAGCCCCAAGAGCUGUUCGUAAGGAUUGCAGACCAUGUGGAGAUAGGCGCAAACACAUGCAUUGAUAGGGGCAGUUGGAGAGACACGGUAAUAGGAGAUCAUACCAAAAUAGAUAAUCUUGUUCAGAUAGGCCACAACGUAGUUAUUGGAAAGUGCUGUAUGCUCUGUGGACAAGUUGGCGUCGCUGGCUCCGUGACGAUAGGUGAUUAUGUCACUUUGGGAGGCAGAGUAGCCAUACGAGAUCAUGUGACCAUCGCUUCAAAGGUUAGACUUGCAGCAAAUAGCAGUGUUACAAAGGAUAUUACAGAGCCGGGUGACUAUGGCGGGUUUCCUGCUGUGCCUAUCCGCGAGUGGCGUAGACAAUUUGCUCGACUGCGUAGCACCUGCAAGUAAUCUACCGAGUCGAACAUCGACCAGACGAAACCCCUGUCGACAUUGCAUUUGAAUUAUUGGGUCCAAAGUUCAGAUUCUGUAUGCAUAGCUCAAUGAGAAUUUAUUAUCAAUUGAUAAAUAAAAUGAGGUAUAUUUGUUAUCAAUUCA